ACAAGGGACUCCCUUCCUCGCCAACAAGAUCUUCAAACAGGUGAAGGAGACAAUGAAGGAGACCAUUAAGGAGCACCUCCUGGAUGAAGACGAGGAGGAAGAGGAGGAGAUGAGGAGACGUGAGGAGAAGUCUAAGUCUCUGUCUCUGUUGGAAUAUAACCUGACUAUGGACACGGCCAAACUGUUCAUGUCCUGUCUCCACGCCUGGGGUCUCAACGGACCACUGGACGAGGUGUGUCUGAGCAGACUGGGCAUGCUCAAACCCCACUGCCCCAUCUCCUUCGGUCUCAUAUCCCGUGGAGGACAUAUGUCUCUCAUGCUGCCCACCUUCAAGGAGUCCCUGCUGCGUCAGAUGGCCCUGUCCACGGGCAGGAAGUUGUCCCUGUCAGAGAUGGUGGGUAAAGGGACRUACGGAGUGUCCCGGGCCGUGACUACCCAGCACCUGCUCUCUGUCAUCUCAUUGGCUAACACCCUGAUGGGCAUGACCAAUGCCACCUUCGUGGGAGAACACAUGAAGAAGACACCCGUCAGGCCUCCUAGACCCGGGACCCCUGAGACCCCCAAAAAGACUGCAGUACCCCCUCAGGUCUCCAGUCCGGCCAUGCAGGGACAGAUCAAACAAGCCGCUGCUGUUGCUGCUUCUACCAGUACUACCACUCCUGGCACUGGGGCUUUUCCCCCAGGUCCUGCUGCUUUCCAUUGUCCCUCAGUCAACGAAGGUUGGAGCCAGCUGGCUGCUAUGCACUGUGUGAUGCUGCCUGACCUGCUGGGCCUGGACAAGUUCAGACCACCUCUACUGGAGAUGUUGGCACGCCGCUGGCAGGACCGCUGUCUGGAGGUGAGAGAGGCGGCGCAGGCCCUGCUUCUGGCUGAGCUGCGGAGGAUUGGUCAGUCAGGCAGGAAGGACACCAUCGACCUGUGGGCCCCAUACCUGCCCCAGUACGUGGAUCAAGUCAGCUCACUGCUGUGGGACAGGUCUCUGGACUCUCUGCCUCUCAAACGCUCUGGGACAGGUCUCUGGACUCUCCGCCUCCCCAAAACGCUCUGGGACAGGUACCUGGACUCUCUGCCUCCCCAAAACGCUCUGGGACAG